GUGAUGCAGACAUCAUGAAGGUUGAAACGUCCGGUACCUCAAAGCAGACAGCUAGGCAGGACAACCUGACUUGCGAAGGUAGGAAGGCUUCACACACCAUGGCAAAGACUGAUAAAGACUGAAGACAAAGAAUGGAAAAGUACAGGUCUAAAAUCAACAGAGUGGGAAAAGACAAAGGGAUUGAACCAGCUCUCAUUGCCGCCAUCAUCUCCAGAGAGUCCAGGGCUGGAGCUACACUACGUGAUGGCGGCUGGGGAGACUAUGACCACAAGAGAAAAGCAUACAACGCCUGGGGUCUGAUGCAGGUUGAUGUUAAUCCUGACGGAGGAAAUCAUGAUCCACUUGGUGCAUGGGACAGUGAGCGACACCUCCACCAAGGCACCCAGAUCUUGAUUGAUUUUAUCGAACGGAUCCGCGACAAAUUUCCCAAAUGGAACAGGGAGCAGCAGCUGAAAGGAGGAAUAGCAGCCUACAAUAUGGGGGAUGGAAACGUCCAUUCUUAUGCUCGGGUGGAUGAAAACACAACAGGUGGAGACUACUCCAAUGAUGUUGUUGCCAGAGCUCAGUGGUACAAAACCCAUGGAAACUUUUGACGCAUGAAGCUGUGUCCACAACAAAAUAUCUCCUGCAGAUCAUGAAGGAAACACUAAUGUCAUGUGUGCUGUGUCAAAAUGUAAACUUAAAAAGUAAAAGUAAACAUGAUUCAAACCAAAACCAUAAAUGACACCUCUAAUUAUUGAGCUCCAUCUGAACUCUCGCUGUGAUAAUUUUUAUUAUUAUUAUUCUGUGUAUGUGUGUGUUUGUAUUUCUGCACUCAAGUAACCGUCUUUGCUUUGUAUUUAGUCACACCCUGCAUUGUCAUGUCAUGCAGCAAAUAACUUUCCUGUUGACUGCUUACAUAAGUGCUAACUGAAGUCAUUACAGUUUUG